AUGGUUAUUACACAACAGUACAGAAGUAUUCUAACAGCAAAUAUCUUCACUUAUAUUCUAAUACUGCUGGUGUUAUUUACCAAAAUUUGUCAUGUAAACACUCAAUCCACUAGUAGCCAGAAUACAUCUGUAAUAAGCAGUCAACAGGCGAAAGAAGAUAUUACUUCAAAAGAUGUCGUCGACUUACUUCAACUUGUUGAAAUCGAUAAAGCUGACAGUCAUGAAGUUACGCGUCAGUAUGGAUUUUGUCCAACAUCAAAUGAAAAUACAGAUACAGCUUAUUCGUAUCAUCGAGGUGAUAAGUUAAAACUGCCUGCAGUAAAAGCAUUCCAUCUUCCAUUUCCUCAGGACUUUUCUAUUCUUGCAACUGUACGCCUACGUCAUGAACAAAAUCAAAAGAUAUUUGAUUUAACAGAUGAUAAAGGAGAAACUCUGCUGGCUGUAUCAGUAGGCAAUACAAUUGCACUGCAUUAUCAUCUAUCAGGCAGUUCAGCUCUCCUGGUGGUAGAAUUUACAGGUGUCAGACUGAAUACUCUCAGAUGGCAUCGGAUAGCAUUCAGUAUUAAAGGUGAUUCAGUAACUUUACUUUUGGACUGUAAAGUCGUCACAUCGAUGUUAUUGAAUCGAUCAUUAACGGGUGACUUGAAAUUGGAUAAUGGAAUGCUUUAUGUUCUACAAGCUAAGAAUGGUCAAUCCAGUUUCACUGGUGCAGUAGAACAACUGCUUAUUAUUCCAACACCAAGUGCAGCCUAUGAUCAGUGUGAUAUUUAUUCUCCAUGCAAUGACUUGAACAAAAGUGGUGAAGAAAUGCAACUCCAAGAAGCACAGUAUAUACAUGAACAGACAAGAAACUUUGGUCCACAAGGUGAAAAGGGUGAAGUUGGUCCUAAGGGUGAGAAAGGUCAACCUGGACGAGAUGGUCGUAGUGGAAUUCCUGGAGCUCCUGGUCUACCUGGUGUACCAAGUCAUAUAUUGAUGAUGCCAUUACCAAGUUUUGGAAAGAAUGAAUUGAGUCGUAUGGCUAGUUUUAGAACAACAGUACAACAGGCUGUAAUGAUGCUGAAAGGUAACCGAGGUCAACAAGGUAUGACUGGUUUGCCUGGAAUACAAGGUCCACCUGGUCCAAGAGGUCCUAAAGGUGACCAAGGACUUAUUGGUGAACCAGGAUUUAUGGGACCAACAGGUUUAAGAGGACCUCCAGGUCCAAUUGGUCCUCGUGGAAGACCAGGUGUCGAUGGUGAGAUUGGAGCAAGUGGUUUAGCAGGUCCAAAAGGCCUACCUGGUCUACCUGGAUUACCAGGUCUUCCAGGCCAUAGAGGUCAUAAAGGAGAAAUUGGACCACGUGGUGUGAAAGGAGAUAUUGGUCUGAGAGGAGCACCUGGUCCUUAUGGACGAGAUGGAGAAGUAGGCCCUCCUGGUGAACCCGGUUCCGCCGGACUUCAAGGACCUAUGGGACCUGUUGGACCAUCUGGAUUACGUGGAUUACCAGGGCGAUCAGGACCGAAUGGACUCAAAGGUGAAGUUGGAGAUUCAGGCGAAAUGGGUCCACCUGGUCCACAAGGGCCAGUGGGUCCACCAGGUGUACCAGGACCACAAGGUAUACGUGGAUUAACUGGACAACCUGGAGCAAGGGGACCCCCUGGAGUAACAGGUCUACCAGGCAGUCCUGGGAUGACUGGAAACCCUGGACCACAGGGUAACGCCGGUCCAAAAGGCGAGCCUGGAUUGACUGGAGAACCAGGAGAUACUGGACCUGUUGGAGCUCCAGGAUAUAAAGGUGAUCGUGGGCCUCGAGGACUACCUGGACCAAAAGGGACUCAAGGUUUACCUGGUUUAACUGGAGUUCGUGGAGAUAGAGGUGAAAAAGGUUCGAAAGGAGAGCGUGGUCUUCCUGGACCAAGAGGUAGUGAAGGGCCAGUUGGAAUUAAAGGGGAACCUGGCCUACCUGGUGAAAUCGGUCCACGAGGAUUAGAAGGACAGAAGGGCAAUGAAGGUCCACGAGGAAGUGCAGGAUACCCUGGUGGUCCAGGUCCUAAAGGUUCUGUUGGACCAACAGGCGCUAUUGGAAGUCCAGGAGAAAAGGGUGAUCCUGGUCAUAUGGGACCACUAGGCUUAAGUGGGCCUGUUGGACCACGAGGAGCACCUGGUCCACGUGGAGCUCCAGGACAGUCUGGACCAGUUGGAUUUAAGGGUGAUGAAGGACCUGCAGGGCCUACUGGUCCGCCAGGAGCUGCUGGGCCUCAAGGACCUAGGGGCACACCGGGUUAUGUGGGAGUUCCAGGUCCUCCGGGUCUACCUGGUCGUCCAGGACCACCAGGAGUCCUAGGAGAUAGAGGCGAACCUGGUGAACCGGGAAUACCUGGUGAGAUAGGAGCAAUUGGUAUGGUCGGUGUGCCUGGACAAGUUGGAGAACAAGGGGCGCCAGGCGAACGUGGUCCACCAGGACCGCGUGGACCUCAAGGUAUUCCAGGUAAACCUGGUGUAGAAGGGAUUGAAGGAGCACAGGGUGAAAAAGGAACAAAGGGUGCUGCUGGUCCACCUGGUCCUAGUGGCCCUGUUGGAUUGCGAGGGACCCGAGGCCCGCCCGGCCCACCAGGAGAUGCUGGAGCUAAAGGAGAUGAAGGUCGCAUCGGUCCCCCUGGAAGCGUUGGAGAUAAAGGUGGCAGAGGUCCCCCUGGGCCACAAGGGCCACCUGGUCCUUUAGGGCCAGCGGGUCCACAAGGAUUACCGGGCAGUCAGGGAGAGCCUGGUGAUAAGGGUGCACGUGGCCAGCCUGGCCCAGUCGGUGAACAAGGUGAAAAAGGUGUUCAGGGAUUAAUAGGAAAACCUGGUCUACGUGGACCAGCAGGGGCAGAUGGUGAGCAGGGUGACCAAGGAAGUCCAGGUCCUCAAGGAGCAAAGGGAGACAGGGGUGAAGCGGGUGAACAAGGUUCUCCAGGUCAGCAAGGAGCGGUCGGAUCGCCAGGUCCUCAAGGAAUGGUUGGUGAACCAGGCGAGAUUGGACAUCCCGGCGUUGGUGGUGCAAAAGGCAUUGAAGGUAAAGUCGGACCACCGGGUCCACCGGGACCCGCUGGAGUACAAGGUCCUCCAGGUCCAAGUGGUCCACGCGGUGAGCCUGGUAUUAAGGGAACUAUUGGUGCAGAAGGCCCAGUUGGGUUUCCUGGACCUAUGGGCUUGGCUGGAGCCCCAGGCAAAAUGGGAAUACCUGGCGUAACUGGUCCUCCUGGGUUGCCAGGAUUGAAAGGUGAGCAAGGAAAACCUGGUGCACGUGGUGAACAAGGAGUGCAAGGAAUCUCCGGACCACCUGGACCCAAAGGUAUGAAAGGAUCUCUCGGAAGACCUGGUCGGCAAGGUCAACCAGGUCCUGCCGGACCUCCAGGAAUAGUCGGCGAACCAGGCAUGCAGGGUCCUCAAGGACCAAUGGGUCCAAAUGGAGCACCAGGACUGCCAGGUGAACCUGGUGCUGCAGGCCCACCCGGAAAAGAUGGUGUUCGUGGAGGUAUCGGCCCUGAAGGACCAUUCGGAGAUGAUGGGCCUCCAGGGUCACCAGGGCCGGUAGGUGUUCCUGGUAUUCAAGGUCCCGCUGGGACUGCUGGCGAUACUGGUCCCGCAGGGGAUCCUGGAGACCGAGGGCCUCCUGGUCCUAUGGGAUCACCUGGAGAACGUGGACUACCUGGAAUUAUGGGUCCCGAAGGGCAGAUCGGUCCACAAGGACCUGAUGGAGAGCAGGGACCUCAAGGACCGCCUGGAGACGCAGGACCGAAAGGAAAUACCGGCAAAACGGGGUUAACCGGUCCUAUUGGUCCAAAAGGAGAGUCAGGUCCUAAAGGGGUAGAAGGCGAGCAAGGUAGCAUGGGAGACCCUGGGCCAGUUGGAAAAAUGGGUGAAAUGGGUGAACAUGGUGACCAAGGACCUCAGGGUCCACGUGGACCAAAUGGUGAUGAGGGAGAAUCUGGGCCACCGGGUCCAGUAGGCCCCCCUGGACCAGCUGGACUACAAGGUCCAAGAGGAGAACAAGGGCAUCCAGGUGAUCCUGGACCAAUGGGUAAACAAGGACCUCAAGGACAAGUGAAAAUUACUAAUAGCGGAGAAACUUUAUUGAUGAGACAUAGAAGAUCUCCUGUUAUGGCAACUGAAGAAACACUGGAACAAAUCAAUAAAAAUAUUUUUGGUCGUGUCGAUGCCUUAAACAAAAAAGUACGCGCAAGACGUUAUGCAACUGGUUUAAGUCCACAAAAUCCAGCAAGAACAUGUAAAGACGUUAGAUUGACAAAUAAAUUUGCUCAAAAUGACACCUAUUGGAUUGAUCCAAAUGAAGGUUCAAACAGAGAUGCAAUUAAAGCCAAGUGUACAUUUUUCGAUGAUGGAACUGUUGAGACAUGCGUAGACUCAAGUAUGGAUCAGGGCAUAUUGGUCACAUAUCUGAAACCGCUACCAGGUGAUAGUGAAUGGCAAAGUCAUUUGAGAGUGAUGAAUUCUACUUCAGCCUUAGAUUUACAUAAUUAUGGAAGUCAUUCACAAGUGAAUAUGUUACGCAUACAGCAUAGAUAUGCAUCACAAGAGCUUGAAUUUUUAUGCGAUGGUACAGAGAUUUAUGGUUCAUGGAAUUCACGUCAAAGUCAAUCUGAUUUUAGCAAAGCUACAGCACUAUUAGCUCAUAAUGAACGUAUGCUUGAUUUGACAUCAGGUGAAAGAUUAGGCCCAGGAAAAUAUCAUAUGGAUAAACGUACUUAUCGAAAUAAUUUAGAUCGUGUAGAUACAAGUAUUACAGUUGAAUAUGAUGGAUGUCAGUAUUUAUCAAGAGGUGCAGCCACCAAAUUAUUGAUUGAAACAAGAGAUUUAGAAGUUCUACCGAUUAUUGAUUUUAAAGUACGCAAUUUCGACAAACAAGGUACAUGUUCAUUAAGUCUUAAUGUUGGUGCUGUAUGUUAUCGUACAUAA